AUGAUGGACAAUGUUUCAACAGUUACUAUGUUUACUCUGUCAGGCUUAAGCGGGACAACAAACUACAGAGUUAUUCUCUUUGUUCUCACUUUAUUGUGUUAUUGUGUGAUUUGGCUGGUAAAUUUAACCAUCAUUCUGACAAUCAUUGUGGACAAAAACCUUCAUGGACCCAUGUAUAUCUUCCUCUGUAAUCUGUGCAUCAAUGGACUCUAUGGGACAGUAGGUUUCUACCCCAAAUUCCUCAAGGAUCUUCUGUCUACCACUCAUGUUAUCUCGUAUGCUGGAUGUCUUCUGCAGAGCUUUGUGUUGCACUCCUCGGUUAAUGCAGAUUUCUCUUUUCUUGUUCUGAUGGCCUAUGACAGAUAUGUGGCCAUCUGUCACCCCCUGGUGUACCACUCUGUGAUGACUAAACAGAAGGUUUGUGUGUUUGUGUUUUUUGCUUGGCUUAUAUCCAUUUGUUUGAUGCUCACUAGUACAAUAACAACAGCAAUAUUAAGGUUAUGUGGCUCACACAUACCGAAGAUCUACUGUAUUAACUUUUUGGUUGGUAAACUUGCUUGUUCUGCCUCAAUAGCACAUGUUGCUGUUCCAGCUUUUAAUUAUACCUUUUAUUUUGGCCAUUUCAUUUUUAUUAUUUGGUCUUAUGCAAAUCUGAUCAGAACAUGCCUUACAUCCAAAGAGAACAGGACAAAGUUUAUGCAAACAUGUCUGCCACAUGUAUUCUGCUUAUUUACUUUUUUUGUAUGUUUGGGCUUUGAUUUGUUGUACAUCAGAUUUGGCUCAAAAGAUCUUCCACAAAGUGUCAAUAAUUUUAUGGCUAUAGAAUUUCUCCUUGUUCCUCCAUUGAUUAAUCCCCUCAUAUAUGGUCUCAAACUGACAAAAAUAAGAAACAGAGUUAUGCAGUUUUUGUGUGUUAAAAGUCAGCAUAAAUUCGACUGUAUGGCAACUUCCACAAGACGCUUAAAAUGAAUGAAAAUAAUUUUAAAUACAGCACCAAUACAAACUGCAAGAGGAACUUUAUUUGUAUAAUAGGAAAUUGUGAAGCAAUUGAAUUUAUACAUUUGAACAAUUCCAUUCUGAGCAGAAAUUGUGGCAGCUUUACAUACAUAACUUCAUAAAAACACCAUGCAUGAUGACAUUUUUAUUGUUUGCAGUGCAAAUAAACUUUAAUAUAGUGAACAGUAAGAAAGGAAGAAAAUGAAUGUUGUACAAAACUACAGCAGUCAAUCACACUACACAGGUUCUGAGUCUGGAAA